UUUUCUUAGCACUAUUUAGUUGUUUUAAAGCAUGAUAAAUUGUUUAUAUCCAUAAGCUAACUUGCCUAAUAUUUUGAAAAGAAAAAUAAAAUCACUUCUCUUCCUUAUAAGGUUGCUAUUUUGACAAAGUUACUGGAAUUUUGUGAUCUUGUUAAAUUGGUUGCCCAAAAUAAUGGUGACUAAUAAGUCAAAGUGAAAUUACUUUUGUAUUUUAAUUAAGUUUUGGUAUUAAGUAAAAAUUCUUAAUAUUUUACUAUUGAAUUUGUACGUUGAAUAGUAAUUUCUAAGAAAAAUUCAAAAAAACAGUUCAAUUACUUGGAUAAAUAUAAGGGAUGGUGUAUAAAUUAGAUGAACAUAUCAACUUAUUGAACAUAAUAUUAUUGCAAUUUGAAGUGUUUUUUUUUUUUUUUUUUUCAUUUUUAUGAAUUGUUUAUCUUUUAAAAAUAUGUUAAGAUUAUGUUAAUCAAUAUCUUCUUUCUCCAAAAUAAACCAGUUGAGAAGGGAUUUUUUUUAGAAAAGUUAUAAACUCAGCUAGGUACAAAAGAAUAUCAAAUCUCUUAUAAGAAAAUUAUAACUUACAUGUAACAAGAAUAGAAAAGAAACUUUAAUAAACAGAUAGUAAUUAAUAGCCUUCACAGCUCGCAUCAAUGGCCUCCAGAUAUCUCACCGUUGCAAAGCUUGUCCGAUCUAAUCGGUCGUCCACGAUGGCCACCUCUCCUUUCUCUGGUCACCAUCACUCUUUCAGCUCCUCCGGCGCUCCAGACUACCACACUCGGUCUCAGCCCUCCCAGGGAAGAGUUCUUCAGAUAAUAUAUCUAGCUCAGAUGAACCAUCCGAUUCUGACUCAAGGUCCGGAUGCGACGUGCAAUGCAAUGGAAUACGAGCGAGAGGCAAUAAUUAAGGUUGACAUACAUGGAAUUGGGAAAGAAGGUCUGGACAUUGAGGUAAAAAAGAAUGUCAUCCACAUCGAAGGGAAGGCAGAGAAAGAAGGUCUGGUAUGAUUGAUCUUCCUUGGGGUUUUUUAUAACACCGCCGAAAUCAAGGCCUCCAUUAAGAUGGGUAUUCUGAAAAUGGUGAUCCUGAAGAAGAUGGCCUCAACUCUUGCUGCACUGUCGAUCAAGUUUUGGGGUGCGCCGGCCCUCACGUUGCCACCGUGGAUGUGAGACGUGCGAAGGAUGCAUUCAAUAUUUUAGGUAGAUCUUAAUUUACUCAAUUUACACUCUAGCUGGUACUGUUAAAAAUUUCAGGAGUAUGAUGUUACUUGAUGUGUGUUUUCUUUGCUGUUAUAUAUGCAUAUAUGAACUGAGAACAAAGAGUGAUAAAAUUUUUUGUUUGCUGCUAAUGGCAUGAUUAUUAA